AUGUCAGCAAAUAGGCCUUCUCGUCACCAUGGGUUCCGAGGUUAUGGUGCAGCGGACCACGACCGGUUAAAACGAGCAUUGUUACUACCGGUUCAAUCUUGGGAAAGGAAGUGGCAGUACCCUUCCAAUGGGAAAAAUUUCAAAGUGAUGAAAUGGGUUAAAGGAAACGUGGCAACACCAACUCGACUUCCGAUUGUUGAGGAUACCCCAACUCCAACAGCAUCAAUCAUACAACCACCCACGGAAGCAUCAACGCCUCAACCAUCGGAGACGGAACCCGACACCGCAAGUUUCUUGAGACCUCUACCUCAUCUAUCAUCAAUACCUAAAUCAUCAUCGUUACUUCGAGAGGCUUCUCUUACAUCAGCAGUUAGCACGCCCGGGGAAACGAUCACCACCAAUAACAAUAACACACCACGGGAUGUAGAAUCAUCCCUAGGGAACAGUCCGGAGAUGGAAGGGUUGGAUGAUGACGAAGAACAGAUGGAUGAUGUUAUCGCGUCUCAAUCGAUUCCCCAAAAGAACAAAGUUAAUAGUUUGGAAUUCGAAGUAGAAUUAAAACAAGUUAAUGAAAAUAUUGAUGUGUUUAAAAAACAAUCAACGGACGUCGUAUUUAGCAAAAAUCAAGACGAAUAUAUAGUUCGAGAGAAAUCGAUUCAAAAUGAUGAAUAUGUUGUUCUUCGAAAUGAUUCCUAUAACAGACAAACUCAUCAAGUUGAAGAUUAUGACAUAGUUCAAGUUGAAGAUUUUAAGGAUUAUAAUGAAAAUAACGAAGAAGAAGAAGAAGAAGAAGAUGAUGAUGAUGAUUAUGGUGAGAGAGCCGAUGAAUACGAUAAUCAAGAUGAUGAUGAUUAUAGCGAAUACGGCAGUAACGAAUUUUUAGGUAGGACAAGUGAAUUUGAAGUUCAAAAUGAUGAUUAUGGGGAACCUUUAAGUGACUUUGAUGAUCAACCACAUGAAUAUGUUGGUUACGGUGAACAACAAGUUGGUAUAAAGAGUCAAAUAAGUGAGUUCCCUGAGCCACAAAAUCCUUAUCAAGAACAGAAAGUGAAUGAAUUCACGGAACAAGAAGAAUCAAAGAACACAAAAGAUGACGAUAUUGAACAAGGUCAAUUUAACAUAGAUACAUUUGGACAAAAUAUUUAG